AUGGAAAUCCCAGAUGAUCACUUUCCCUAUGUUAAUAUUAGUGCACCCACCAGUCCUGGUAUAUGCAGCCCUCACAAUAACCUCUACUUCUACAGUGUUCCGAGUAGUCCUACCAGAGAAACCUCAACUGGUACUAGUCCAUUAAUUGGUUACCAAACUGAUCUAAAUGAGUGCCCUACACCAAUGUCAUACCACGACGCCAAUGCCUAUCUCGAUGACUUUGAGUUUGAAACCGGUCUAAAUUUUAGUCUUGAUGUUGGUGAUCAAAGUCUGGUCCAAUCGGGCCCGUUUGGUCAUGAUAGAAAGCCAAGGCAGCGCGGGGAUUCACUUCCGAUCAGCAUGGCAUUUGCAGAUGAGCUUUUCUGUGAUGGGAAAGUCAUGCCGCUUGCCCCUCCACUCAAGCUUCCACCGCGGCUUCAGAGGAACAGAAAUGAAAAGCUGGCAAGCCAAGCAGAAACUGGUGCGUCUGUCCCGGGGUCUCCGAGUAAUUUCGUGCUUAAAUUGCCAUUUGGAUAUAAGAGGUUGUGGAAUGAUGAUUUUGAUCCAUUCAUGGCGGCAUUGAAAAAUGUCAAGGAGGAAAAGAAGAAGAAAGCUUCAGCUGCUACGCCCUCAUAUGCUACAAACAAUCAGACUACGAAUGAGCCUGGGGACGAAGACGCAACAACUUCUGCGCCUGCGCCUGAACCGAUAUCGAGAGAAAUGGGUGGACAAAUUGUUCCAAAGAGGCAACUGACUCAGCCGAAAGGAGUCGAGUUUGCAAGGCAAGUCAGACUUAUUCAAAUGGGCCAGAUGAGUAAGUUGGACAAGUUAGGGAAGCAAAGUGAAAGAGAUGAGAAAGCAGAAUCAAUGAGGAAGAAGCCAACAUUUCUAAGGAGACUAAGCUUUAAGUCUGGCAGAGCAGCUCAUUGUGAGGAGAAAAGGGUAUCUCAUUCCCGUCCUCAUUCUCAACUAAGCAAGAUGGCAUUGAUGAACUACAAGCCCAGAGGGUUACUUUGCUUGGGUUAUAAGACAAGCUAG